AUGUUAGUCAGUAAGUUAUCGACUCGUUUUCCCGUAUUUGGUUGGUUACCAUUGACUCACAGUGCACAUGGAUCUCAUCGAGGCGGUCGUCAUUGGGGGCGAGAAAAUACGCAUGCCACUUAUUGUAAAGCUGUAUACGAAGCCAAAACAAAUAUUUUAGAAAUUGAUAUAUGGCAAACGCAAGAUGAGCAUUUAGUAUUAAAUCACGAUGGAGUGGUUAAUGGUAAUAGUCUUAUUGAUACACAUUCAUAA